AUCCAGCAAAGUACGAUGGAAAGUGAAAAGCUUGUUCGCGCCACCAAUUAGCACUUUCCAUUAUGCUAAUGUACAUCAAAAGCCAACGAACCGCAAAAUAACCAAUUUGCUCCGGCAAAGGGUCAUGAUUGUCCCCGAGUGUCCACCGCUCUUAAUCGCCAUGGACCAUUUCACCUUCAUGAUAGUAAAAAUUCGUGUAAAAGUGUCAUCGAUACCUAGCGCUUGUCCAGUUGGGCGUGUAAUCGUCUGCCCAUUGGCAAGGCCAUCGGACCCGUGUUGCGGAAUUGGCAAGGCCCUUGCACUUGGGUCGCCGCAAUAUAUCGAGUUUCCCCCCCGAAGAAAGCACCCACGUAGGAAAAACAUAUCCUCCCUCCGUAGGGUCUGCCGUAUCGAACGCAUGGAACGCCGACACGGAUUUUGCGGUUCAUUCAAGCGGUACGGGGAUGCUUGCACGGCACGCGAUCAUCCGCCCGACGUUGUACAUUGGCUCGCGGUGCAGUAGAACAGAACGGCGGCCGGAACGGUGGCGGUGAAGAUGGCUCUCGGUAUGCCGGCGAUCGGCCAACACUGCCGCAUAUGUGUGCAGCGAACGAUAGCACAAUACCGAGCGAAGCAAGACUGGCUCCGGGCGGACGGGCGGACAGAGGGGUUUUGACGGGCGGGAAAAGGGUGAGCCGCGGGAAAUGCAAGUGCAUCUAUCGCGCACGGUGCGCGAACAGGAUGGUAGGGCCGGUUUGCGUGCAAUGGGUCCAACUGCGCUCGGAGUAUAUAUUGAUGCCGGCGGCCCACUGGAAGGCACAGUUUGAGUCCAUUCGUCUUCAGUUCUAUAUCCAUCGCAAACAGCGAGCGAGUGUGCAGAGUGUGAGUUCGGCCUCGUGCAAUUGUGAUCUGUUUUCUUCGUGAAACAGAUUUACUAAGAAACGCUCUAGCGCAACGCAACCCAACCCGGCCUCAUUCUGCCAAACCCUGCAACGAUGCAGCUGUUCAAGUGUUUACUGGUGAUCGGGUGUUUAGCGACAGUGUCCGUCGCCCACAGUGCCUCCGCCACGCUGCCGGUCAGCUCGAACUCGAUCGAUGACAGCAACGGACCGCAGCAGCAGACGCCCCGUGCCGGCUCGUACCUGGGCGAGAUCAAGUACCUGUACAAGACGUACCAGGACUGUGCCAGCGCCGAUGUCUCCACCUGCCUGAAGAUGAAGCUGUUCACCAUCCUGGACCGCGUGGCGCGCUCGACCAAGGACUUCAAGCUGAGCGAGGGCGUGCGAUUCGUGCGCGAUCAGGAAUCAGCCGCUGACGCUACUCCGCUUAAGACCGAGGUCCAGCUCGAGGCUGAGCUGCCCCGUUCGCUCGACGAGAAGGAACGCUCGCUCAACUCGAUGCUCUUCGACAAGGUUCUGUCCUUCUUCCAGUCUCACACGCUGCAGGUUAAGUUCCCGUCCAGCGAGGAAAUCAAGCGCUCCAUGGAUGAGGUCCGCGGAGGAGGCGGUGGCUUCGGAGGUGCCGGAGGCGGUGGCUUCGGAGGCGGCAAGGACAAGGACAAGAAGAACGGCCACUGGAUCAUGAUCCCGCUCCUGCUCGGCAGCACUCUCGUCCCGCUCGCCUUCGGUGCCCUCGCCCUGCUCGCCGGUAAGGCUCUGAUCGUGUCCAAGCUCGCCCUCGCCCUCGCCUCGAUCAUUGGCAUCAAGAAGCUGAUCUCGAGCGGCAGCGGACACCACGAGUCGGCCCAUGAGGUCGUCGUCUCCGGUGGACACGGUGGCGGCUGGGGACGUAUCGGAUCUGGCCAGGGUCUUGCCUACAACGGCUACGGACACUACGCCCAGUAAGCGCAGUAUACCUUGAUCCCCCCAUCCCAGCCAACUCCCAUACCCCCAAAAACCCACCAAAACAACCAGUCCCGGGCUGCUCGUUGUCAGCCGGUGCAACUGGUGGGAGUCCAGUUAGAAACAAACGGUUAGAAGCAAGUGCAACCUGGGUCCUUCGGCAUCUCGACAGCGCCUACGAACAUCCUCAGCCAAAUCACCCCAUUAAUCUCACCCUCAGUGGAUCGGCGCUCGGAUCGGUGUAAUGCAGAAGGAACCAGCCCUGUUCCAUUCGACCCGCUUUCAAAACCGCUCCUCCACCCGCAACGGCCCCAGCGCAGCAAGCACCGAACUCGCACUCAAUACCGACUGACGAACUGAUACCCCGCCGGUAGGGCAUCGUUCUAUCACGCCGCGUCAUAUGGAAUUUGCACGCAAAACGUCGUCUACAAAAACCGCGAAGCGAACAUUACACACAGCCAAAAAAUGGUUCCUGCUGAACCCUCACUCACACAAUCAUUCCCCAAUCUCUCUCACACAUCUCGUAAUCCCCCAAUAACCAGACAGGGGGCCCACCGUUCCCCGAUCGGAACAUAUCGAUGGGCACACCAGCUUUAGCUCUUAGCGGUCGAGGCGGCUCCCGUUUUUGCCGGAGCGCGGCCCACCGCACAGCAGUUUAUUUAUUUAACUUAAUUUAAUUUAUUGUACUGCUCCCUCAACAGAACUGAUAAUUUAUGUGUUUUAGUUUUUUUGUUUUGUUUUGUACGAGUUAUGAUUUCGUUUUCGUUAUUUUUUGUACGAUACGUCCUAUUUUUGUGUAAAAAAUGCAGUCAAAUAAAACUUAAAUGAAGAAGUA